AAUAACGAUGUUGCAGUACUGUCGUCAUCUAGAAUAUGUAUUGAUCAACUUUCUAUAAGUGCACAUCGUCGGGAAUAUGCACUUAUAGAGUGUGAGCUUUUGAAGAAACAAGCUGGUCAAA